AUGAAUAGAAAUAAUAACCUUAAACAACGGCCUAAAAAUACUAUCGAAAUUAGAAGAAAAGAAUUUUACGAGAAAGAUAAGGAAAAAAGAGAAUAUAUCUUUGCAAGAUUACGAAAUAUAGAACAAGAUGAUCAAUUUAUUAAAAAAUUUGAUGAAUACAAAAUUAAAAAAAGAUUAAACAAAGAAAUUGAGCAAAAAAAUAAGAAACCCAUGUUCAAAUUUUACCAUGUCGAUGACAAAAUACAUAUUAAUUUUAGCCCUAAAUCCAGUAUCCAUAAAGGAAAUGUCAUAGAAUUUGUUGGUGAAAACAAAAAUAGAAUAAAUAAAAAAUAUAAGAUCAAAGAUAAAUAUAAAGAUAUAAAGGCUAAGAUUGACACUGGACUUAAUCAAAUAAGAGAAGCUAAAAGAAAAUCUAUUAAAAAAGUUGAGAGCACAAGGCUAGAACAAAUAAUUCAGCAUACUACAACUACCCACUAUAUACAUGAUGAUUUACCUGAAACUUUAACUCUCUCUAAUAAUGAGCAUUAUUUGGAACCUUCAAAACAAAAAACCAUACCAAAACCAACAAUACGAUCUGGUAAAACAAAAGAGCUCCUAAGCAUUUUACAAGAUUCUAUUCAUAGUGAUCAUUAUAAUUUUCGCAAUACCCCAGCAAGGCUUAGUAAUAUUUUAAACAAAGAUAUUAGAAAAACUUCCAAGAUAAAUAUUCCAACCAUUUAUACACAAAAAAAUCACAUCUUGCUUAAAACACCUACCAAAAAAUUUUCAAAAUACAAUUCUCCAAACGGAUCAAAAAUUAACAAUGAUCUCACAAAUAAAGACUUUAACAAAGCUACCUCUAUCAAAACUGGAUCAAAUAUAUUAGAGGAAAUUGAUGUGCCCAUAGGAAUUUAUCCUCAGAAUGGAUCAGAUUUGGAACAGGUGACUUGGUUUCAGGAGCUAUAUUCGAACCAUUUGAGAACUAUGAACUAUAUGAAUAAGGAAUGGAAAGAUUAUUUGAAAGAACACAACCAGGAACUUAAAGAAGAAACCGUGGAUGAGAUAAGAACCAUAAUCGGGCAAAUGAAUUUGUUUAAAAACGGGCGUUUCAAACAAUUUGGUAGCUUGAUCAAUCAAUCUUACCACGAAAUUUCGGGCGAAAUCGAUCCUCAAAAACCUAGGACCCACCCUUCGGAUCUCAUGGGAUUUUGGGAGAUGAUUCAAAAUCAAGUGGACGAUAUUGCUCUUAAAAAUGCUUAUUUAAAUGAACACAAAUUCCAUGACUGGGCAGAACUUGCUCCCAAAAAAACUCCAUCGGAAAGAUCAUUAUCAAGAAAAAAAUCAUCCAAAAGUAGCAAAGGGUCUACAGAUUUAAAAACGCCUAGAAGCAUAGCUGUCAAAAGAACACAUAAAAGAAAGUCUUCGCAACGUUUUUCCGCCAAUAAACCUAAUAAAAGGCCAGUCAAGUUUUCCGAAUGGAAACUUAACCGCAAAGCAGAUAAGGACGAUGACGAUAUUUUCUCAUCAAAUAUUGAUCAAAUUGUUAUCUCAUUGGAACGCAUCGCAGUUGAUCAAGAUAGGACUAAAUCGGUAAAAGUGGAAACUAAAAAUGCUGAUUUGAUUGAUUUCGAAUCUGUCGGAAAACUUAUUAAUAUUACAAAUUUUAACAUCGAGAGUUCUGCCAUGAAAAAAACACCUAAAAAUGUUAAACGUAGAAGUACACGCAUGAAUUCACCUUACGUUAAGUCUGAGCAACUUUCAAUGAACAAAGAGAACUCAUCUCAAAAUAAUGAAAUGAAAUCGUACAUCAGUCCAGGAAAUCUAAGGCGAUCUGAAAGAAAGAGUAGUGCUGCUUGCAAAUUAUUGAAUUUACCUUCUAUAAUUGAAUCAACAGUUGAAUUCUCCCCUUCAUAA